AUGGAUCUUAUUAAUUGGGCACUUAGUGCUGUAUCCUCCGCCAUAGACCUCGGCUUCAAGGAACUCGACAAUCUGCGCGCUUUUCCAUUAUUUUACGACCCAGACAACCAGAGGCGCCUCGUCUUCCAUGGACGGGACAUCUACCUUCGUAUAUCUGAUUUGCUACUUGAUGAGAACGGGCGCAUGAGGGAUGUUGCGUUGCUACGAAUGCCGGAAGACGCCGCAGCUAUCGCAGCCAUCAGGCCUGAGUCUCCUGAGCCUCACAGGCUGCAGGGGCUGCGUGGGCCGCGCGAGCUCCAACCUCAAGUCAAAAUUGAUAACUUCCUAGCGAAGCUUUCAGAUUCAGGGGAGAGGAGCGUCAGGAUAUAUAUCGAACAGGGUCUCGGCCCACAGGUGUUCAAAAACUACUUCAGCGCAGAUGUCACCGAUGCAACCCGCCGCACGUAUGCUCAUCCAGCAACACGAGGAUACAAUGGUCUGUCGUUCCAAUGGAGAACUCCGGAGCCAAACGCGUGGUUCGAAGCACCAUACUUUAUCUUGAGUGGACAAGAUCCGCCGGGACUGGUUAUCAGCGUGAAAAAGGUGUCCACCGUGGAGCACAGUGGCGAUAAACUCAUCUUACUCAUUUCUUCGGAGACGUGGGAGUCUUCAGGUUUUUCUGGCAUGCAUCCCAUCACAGACAACAGUCAGCAAGCCAGCGCCAGAGUACUCGAGUCUCUGAAAAGAUUCGCCCUUGAUUUUGAACAACUCCAGGAUAACUAUCAGCCGCUUUUGAGAAAAGCGAACACUUCCCAGAGAAGGAAACAAGUCCUUCUUCUCUGGUUUCACCACGUACAUCUCUCACACACAACACGAAGCUUUGAAGAGGUCCGGUGGAUGUACCAAGAGGUUAGGGAGUGGAGGGUGGAUUCUGGGAAAUUCAAACUGCUGCCUCACCUAUUGGACGAGGUCAUCACCGACACAAACUUUUUCAAGGAGCUCGAGGCCAUGGCUGAAGAUCUGGCAUCUACGCUCGAGGCCCUGCUCGGUGUUGUCGGGGUCGGCUUCGAAGGACACGCGGACGGUGCUCCGGAGUUCAACACCGUUGCGGCCGACCUGCGAGGGCUCUCUUCCGACCUUCGGCGCAAGGCAGGGGACAUUCCCAAGACUUUGGCGCACCACCUUCAUUUCCUCGAAAUGCGGCGGAGCAUUGGAGAGUCCAACCGUCUUUCGAUGCUAACGAUCUUGGCCAGCAUAUUUCUUCCUUUGAGCCUGGCCUGCGGCAUCCUCAGUAUGGAGACGCGUCUGAAAGACCUAAAAUACAUCUUGUACGACUUUUGCGGAGUGACCGUCCUCCUUCUGACGCUAGUCGCUUUGCUUCUGUUGUUGGUCAAGGGGUCGAUGACUAUCAUGUCGAGAAUUUCGGGCUGGGACCCAUUUGGGAAGCAACUUGUCACAAUUGGGCUCGCUGCCAUCGUUCCAAUCAUUUGGGCCGUCAUACUGGCCUCAUUUAUUGUUGGAAUGGCAGUGGACGUUCGCCUUGGUGGCCUGGUUCUCGGGUAUGGCCUGGCAGGCCUCACUGGUCUGACAGUCCUCAACGGCGUUGCAACACUAGUGCUGGCUUGUAUGCAUUUAAUAUCCGGGUGA